AUGGCAGUGUCGGCGUCUAAAUGGACAAACGAGGCAGCAGUCGCAACUAGACGAGCACUUUAUACACUCCUUGCUGGUCUAAUCGUCUCUCUGUAUGGGUUGUACGUUGAAAUUCGCUUCGAGAUGGAUCACGAAUAUUCGGCAAUGUGCGAUGUCUCGUCGCUGGUUUCUUGCACCAGGGUACUGACUUCCAAGUAUGGUUCAGGUUUUGGCAUUGUAGGACCACUGCUUGGAGAGGACAGUCCUUUCAAUCAGAAAAACGCCUUCUACGGGGUAAUCGGAUAUGCAAUUUUGGCGCUGAUUCAGCUUUCAAAUAACCAGUGUUCUGCGAGUAUUUCACUAAUGGCGGCUAUUCUUAUGAACAUUAUGACUAUUUACCUUUUUACAAGUAAGUUCCUUCUAUUUCGAAAAAUUAAACAACUAUAA